AUGGGACCCCCGGGCAAUAGGGGACCAUGGGGCCCCUGUGUCCUUGCCCAAACUCAAAAAAGCCUAUCAAAAAGGUACCAGGGGCAUCUCAUGGGGCCCCCUACUGACCCCGGGCCCUCGGACAUACAAUGCAGGACCAUUUUUUCCUGGCAUUGUACAUUGAGGAUGUGGAGUGACCACCAGCGGCGGAACUGACAACUCAUGGGGCCCCCGGGCAAUAGGGGAUCAUGGAGCCCCUGUGUCCUUGCCCAAAACUCAAAAAGCCUAUGAAAAAGGUACCAGGGGCAUCUCAUGGGGCACCCUACUGACCCCGGGCCCUCGGGCAGUGCCCUGGUUUCCAAAUGGUCAGUCGCCCCCUGGGGACCACUCACAAC